CAUCCUUCAUCUCUUCCAAAUUACAUAAAAAUCAUAUAGUAGUAUAAUAAUAUUAAUAUGGAUGAUAUUGUGAAAAAGGAGUUUAUGUUGAGGCUUUUUGCCACUUUGUUAUUGGCUUUGACUGCUUGUCUUGUUGGAUUUGAUUCUCAAACUAAAGUCUUAUUCUACACUUUACACAUAAAAGCCACUUUCAAAUAUUUGAAUGCCUUAUGUGUAUUGGUAUGGAUUGAUGCUGCUGUUGCUGGUUAUAAUGUACUCCAAUUGCUAAGAUGUUUCUUCAUUACUACUUCAAAGGGGGAUAUUAAGCAAUCUUAUUACAAGAAUUAUUGGGUGUUUUUCUUAUUAGACCAGGCAAUUGUGUACACAGUAUUUGCAGCAAAUUCAGCAGCAAUAGAAGCCUCAGCAAUAGCAUUGAUUGGGAUUAAAAGUUUACAAUGGAUGAAAAUAUGCAAUAAAUUCACAAGAUUUUGUGUCCAAAUUGGAAGUGCUUUAUUAUUAGGAUAUCUUGCUGUUCUUGUAUUAUUUUUAAUCUCAUCACUUUCUGCAUUUCAAUUAUUUAGACACUACUCACCUAAGCAUUUUCUUCAACUUAAAACCAAAUUAAAAAUGUUGCAAAAUGAUCCAGAAAAUAAUUGAUGUAUACAAUGUGUUUUUUAUUUUCUUAAUAAAUUGGAUUAGUAUGGGUUGUACUAUAUAUAUAAUAUAUGCUCUAAUUAGAAAUA